AUGACAUCCCCUGACUCAAUCUACAACCUGGUCAAUAGACUGAAGCAGACGACAAACCACUCGGACCACGCCAUUGUUAGUUCCGGGUUGCUGGCGGGGUCAUACAAUCAGGCGGAAACAGGAUAUGAGAGCGGUCUGCAAGUCAACGCCAUUUCGCCAGCGCUGCUUUCGACACACCUCCUGCCUCUGCUACUCGCCUCUCCUUUGGUGCAGAAGGCCUCGGUCGCCGAAAAACCGCAUCCAACUUUGGUCAGCCCCGGCGCGGCUUGGCUUGCUAUUCGUUCUACCAUAGAACCAUCCUCAAUUCAGCAGUCCCUCUUCGUGACCUUUUGCCCCGGUGCAGUGAACUCGGACCUCUCACGUCACUCAGCCAACAGCGGAGUCGUCGGAAUGAUGGCAAAGAUCGUCAACAACACCGAUGCGCGGACGGCGGAGCAGGGGCAAAAAUCUAGAUUUCAAGCCUUGGGCUGGGUGAGGAAGGUCGCGGUCAGAUGUGGACGGACGAUCACGUCUCCAAAGAUCACAAUGCCUUUCUUUCUACUCCGGAAGGCAAAAAGUUAG